CUAAGCCUUUCAGUCCUCCUGAGCUAGCAAGGCACAUGGUCUCUGCAUGCACUGCCAUAGCAGCUUGAAUACCACAGAGUGAAUAGAUCUCAUCAGGAGGAGGAGACGCUUCUCAGGAAUGAUAAAACAACGAGCAAAGCAAGAAUUGCCGGGCCGGCUGGGUGCCCCAAUGGCUGAAGAAAAGCCCAAGUACAACUGCACUGUCAGUGAAGUCACCAUUGUGAACCUGCAGCCUAAGAAAAAUCCCAUUCUCGUCUUGGAGGGAGGGAAGCCAAGAAGCGAACAUAGAAACCUUGGUUUCCAACCUCCUUCUCCAAAGAUUUCAGAGAAGAGGCUAUCCCAGGGAGAGAAAAAAUUGUGGCCAGAAAAGGUGAAAAAAGAGGGUGCUUUGUCUCCCAGCCUGCAUUGUGCAAAUGAGUUGUGUAGCACAGAGAAUGUCACCCUGAAGAGGCCGGUGAAGUUGGCUCCUCUGGAGAUCCCUGUGGAAGUAAAAGAAGCCCAGCUCCAAAAGAUUAUGAGUAUCCAGAGAGAAACCCAAAUGGCUGCUCAGAAGCUGACGGUUAUCAACUCCAUCAGCAAUGAACCCCAUGUGAAAAGGGUAAAGAAUCUGGCUCAGGGGGAGCUGGAAAACCUUCAAAAGAUAAAGCUGAGUGAGAUGGCUGCUCUGGAGAAUAAAGAUGAUCUUCUACCCCCUAAAUGCAGCAAACCCCUGGGAGAAAUUCAAAUUAUUUUGCCUCCAGAGACAACCUCAAAGUUGACUAAACAACCAGGUGUCAAAGAUGCUCCCAAGACACUCCGUAAGCCAUUAAUCCCCACUCUCCGGGUAUCUGACAUGCACGAAGAGUCUAACAGCCCUGACAGCAUCCCUGAUCCUUGCCAGAAUGUUUCUCGGUGCCGAUUCAGAGUAAGGCACAUGAAAGAACAGCAGGAAGACCAUGGGAAAGCCAAACCCUUAAAGGUCAUGGAUCCAAGUGUGGGAGAAAGCAAGCAGAAAUCUCCGGGUCAACGAACGCAAAAAACCCUCAGUGAUGCAAGCAAGCUUAUUGAAAAUGUGUCCAAAAAGCAGAAGGAACGAGGAGCAAAGCAAGGGGAAAUGGAUGAAGCCUCUUUUGUGAGGAGGCAGUCUACUCGAAGGAUGGCCUUGGGAGACAUCAUCCAGGUAGAUGAAGACUGAAUAUCAUGCACCAUGUAAUGCAUAGCAGAUUUAGACACAACAGCUACUCAGUAAAAUGUUUUAGACUGACUGCUUAGAUAGAAGUCUUCAGAAGAGUGUCUGGAGACAUUAGUAAGUCACAAAGUGAAAAUAAGUUACUAUUGUUGAACAUCUCUGUCAUUUCUGAGAUGCUCAAACAAGUAGGUCAUACGGCAAAUAUCGUCCUAUUCUGCUGAUUGCCAGAAAGGCCCCAGCAACAGUCCUGAGUCCAUCAUGGAGUACAACUUUUCAAGACACACGUGGACCAUGCAGGAAAAAUCUGCAUGUGGACCGGGUGGAGGAACCAAGCAAGAUAAAACCAGGAACCUAGAAAAUACUGUGUCUGGGGUAAGAUGAAAAGAAAUAACAUCAUUUUCUCCUGAGAAUACAGCCCUCCCACUGUCAGCUGUGGCAAGUUUGUUUCAGAAAGACAAGACUAAAAUGUUCUUCAUAUCUAUUGUUGGCAGAAGAAAAAGUAAUUAGUUUAAGAUUUAGCAAGAGACAUUUAAGUCAGAAAAAGAGAAAUACUUUUAAGGACAAUAAACACUGAAGAAUGCUGUUUACAGAGAUGGGAAUCUCUGUCACUGAAAUUUUAAAUAAUACAUUAGACAAACACCUGCCAAGGAUGAUUUCGGAAGAGUUAAUCCUUCAUUCAGACACAACAAGGGCCAGAUGAUCUGUAAUGUCCUUCAACCUCUAUUUUCUUAUAUUGUAUGUUCUAUCUUUUCAGUUGUCCACUUGCAGGGCUGCUAACCAAGCCAUGUAGUGCAAAAAUGUACAAUAAAAGUAACUUUUCACUUUG